UCAGACAGAUUAACUAGCAUAACUUCUUUGCAGGCAGACCGGCUAGGAAGUUUUUCGAAUUAAUUCGCGCGGAUUUGUUUUAAAUUCUAAGCUGUUAAGAGAAUCCGUCAUGCAGCUGUCAAAGCGCAACGGGAAGUUUUUUCUGUUGUUCAUGCUUUAUAUUAUCCAGACUUCAUCACUUGCUUCUAUUAUAUCUUUGGAUGGAAAUGGUUAUACAGGAAUUGUGGUUGCAAUUCAUAAAAAUGUCCCAGAAGAUGGAGAAAUUUUAGAAAAUAUUAAGACAUUGUUCUCCAAAGCUUCAACGUUUCUCCACAAUUCGACGAAGAAUACUUUGUUUUUUAAGGAAGUAACUAUCGUCGUACCUCCGACAUGGUCAACAAAGCCUGAGUAUGAAAUCCUUCCUGGCAAUUUUUUCAGUAACUCCCAUGUCAGAGUGGAUCUGGCAAAUCCUGAAUACAAAGACACACCAUAUACCCUACAGCCUGGUGGAUGUGGAGAGCAUGGCCAGUACAUUCAUCUGACCCCAUGGUUUCUGAAGGAGUUGAAUGGGAAAACUGUGGAAAUGUAUGGAGCACCAGAAAGACAACUUGUUCACGAAUGGGCACAUUUAAGAUAUGGUGUGUUUGACGAAUAUGGAAUUCCUGGUGAUAAACGAUAUCCCAUGUUUUAUCACGAAAAUGGCAAAAUUCGUCCCACCAGCUGUGUUAGAGAUAUUAAGGGUUGGAUCGAAUCCCGCGAUGGAGGUCCUUGUACAAUGAACCUGGAUGGUGAAGUUGACAGUGACUGUAUUUUUAUACCUAAUAUGCACAGCAAUGAAGCCAAGGCGUCUAUCAUGUACAUGCCCUUUAUUCCGUCUAUGGAAGGUUUUUGUGAUGAUGGCAGUCACAGGCACAAUGUCCUGGCUCCAACCAAACAUAAUGCUGUCUGUAACUAUAGAAGUACAUGGGAUGUCAUAUCGAGCCACAAGGAUUUUCAAAAACUUCGCACCAAGCGAGAUGCUGUUACCGAGUUGACCGAAACUUUGUUCAGAGUCAUUCAAUCACCAAAAGAUCCAACAUCUCGAUAUGUGCUAGUUCUGGAUGUUUCUGGCAGUAUGAAUGGACAACCAAUGAAACUCCUUCACAGUGCAGCCACGAGAUUGGUUGAAGACAGAAUUCCAGACGGCGCCUUUUUGGGUUUAGUUCAGUUUAGCACGGAUGCAAGUAUUUUGCGAAAUCUUACGAAAGUAAACAACGAAACAAGACUUCAACUGAGUCGAAGUUUGCCUGCUAAAGAUGAUGGUGGUAGGACUGCCAUUGGAAAGGGAUUACAAAAGGCUAUUGAGGUUUUCACGAAUGACAAUGGUACCGCAGAAGGAGGUCUGAUUAUGCUGAUCACCGACGGUGAAGAAAAUGUUCUACCCUUUAUUGAAGACGUCCUUCCCGAAGUUUUAGAAUAUAAUGUCAUCAUCAAUGCUGUUGCCUUCGGAUCAGAAGCCAGUGCAAAACUAGAACACAUGACGGCUGUGACUGGAGGAAGGGGCUACUUCUUUUCUAACAAUGGAAGUCGUCCAGCUUCGGCUUUGGAUUCGGCUUUCUUGGAAUCUAUUACAUCUCAAGCAGACAUUGAACUCCAGCCUGUGCAAUUGAAAGAUGAGAUGUUCAGCCUUGACGAAGACAUUCUCACAAAACAUCUUUACCUUGACGAAGAACUUGGAAAAGACACCAGUUUUACAAUAACCUCUCGCCAUAUAGACAGAGUGGGAGACGUAGUCCUCCGAAGUCCAUCUGGGGCUAUUGUGGAUUCUACAAGUCCUCAUUACAGUAGGGAUGACACACUGCGUCAAAGGAUUCAAAUAUUUUUGCCAGAGGCAGAGCCUGGUAAGUGGGAAGUCAUUUUCCGCCGGCGAGGAGAUUUCCCAGUCACUGUUGGAUUUGCUGUGACUUCUGAACCGAAAGAUAUUCGAGAUCAACCCAUUCGAGUUCGUUCUUGGUUAAGUGAAAUUCAACUGAAGUUCCCAGCCCAUGCGAAAGUUUAUGCAGAAGUUAAAAAAGGUUACUUGGCUGUUAUCGGAGCUACAGUGAUUGCAACUGUAGAAAGGCCAAUGGGUGCAACUGUAGAUAUUGAGCUAAGAGAUGACGGCUUAGGUGCGGAUGUUACGGAAAAUGACGGAAUUUAUUCUGGUUAUUUCACUCAUUUCAACGGCAACGGACGCUAUGCUGUAAUAGCAAGAGUGUCAAAUGAUGGACAAGCAAAGUUGAAACAAGGAAAAGCAUCUGCCUCUCAACCAAUGCCAAUUAUGAAAGGAAAAACCACAGACGUUCCAAUGGAAGAAUUUGAACCUGAAAAUUUUGAAGUAACUGACAAGAACAGUACUGACGAUGAGGAUGAUGAAUUUGAGACUGUGCCUGCAAAUAAAUUUGAUCGUUCCUCCAACGGUGGUGCUUUUCGAAUGGAGUCCUGGGCCCCUAAAACUGGCGAUGUCAUACCUCCAGGAGAUAUAACCGAUCUGAAAGUCUUGGCUAUUGAAACAGGGGACAAGCAAAGAGUUACCCUCCAGUUCACAACACCUGGAGAUGAUCUGGAUGUUGGAAAUGUUUCAUCUCUCGAGCUGAGAGCAAGCAUGAAUUCGGAAGAGCUCAUCACAAAUUUCGAAAGCGGCAUACUCCUAAAUGAUACAAACAUCGUUAACGGCUCCUUAGAACCUAUGGGCCCAGGUGAGAAAGUUGCUAUCAUGAUCGAACUGCCUGAAGAACUUUCAUUUUCGGAGCCUAAAACGAUAUAUUUUGCAAUGAGAGCAAAGGACGAAUCUGGAAAAAACUCAUCUAGGUACAACAUUGCAUCUGCGACUUUCGGAAUCAAACUCAAACCGACAAGAGGAAUUAAAGUACAUAAGGACUCCAAUCUUGCCGAUGAUGAAGAUGAAGACGUCGCAUCGAAAGGCAAGAAGAAAACUAAAGAAGACGAGAAAAGUCAUGAAAAGAAUAUGCCAUCAAAAGAUGAAGUGAUGAAAGGACAUGUAUCGGACACUGCAAAAUUGGAUGAAGAUAAUAUGGAUGAUCAAGGAAAGAAUUCGAAGUGGUGGCCUGUAAUUGUAGGCAUAGGAGUGGCAUUUACAGUUAUAAUGAUCGUUUUACUGAUAGCGGUGGUCAUUAUAAAAAGAUCAAAAAAGAGAACGUAUACAUCAGUUCAAAAUCAGCAAUGUUAAGCAUUCCAGUGAAGAAAUGAAAAUUUUUUGAAUGUCUUGUGCCUUUGUCAGAAACUUGAAAUUGAAGUUAAAAAUUAAAAAAAGAUGUAUGAACAAGAAAAAAAGAGCAAAAUAAAAUGUAUUAUGAUCCUA